CCAUAAUCAAAACAAGUUCUUCAUUCUGUGGAUGGUGAAGAACAACAGCACUCCUGAAAAGGAUUCUGCCUUCUAUACUCUCACUGGGUUUUAAGGCAUCAUGAUAGGAAAAAGAUGGCUUCACAGACAGUUGGUAAAUUGACAUUUCUGACAUUUACAGCAACAAUAACAGCUGUUAUAUCUGUUUUCUGAAGUGGUAUUGCGUCAUUAAAUAGAUACUAGAAGUAGACCAACAAAGAGUGAAAAGUGCAUCUUUUGAAGAUGUUAUUUAUCGCAAUAAAUUAUUUUUCUUCACCUGACUGUUAUUCAUUGUUGCAGAGAUACUGAGAGUUGGUGGCAGUUAUGGCAGCUUUGGAAGUACCUGCCAAAAAGAGAACAAUCACAGAACCUGUUCUUCACAACCUUUCAACAAACCAUUAAUGAGCUUACACAAGGUAAUAUAGUCAAAUGUUUAGAGAAUAUCAUUAUUUUGUCGAAAUUCCCUUGAAGUCGGUUGUAUUUUAGUUUUAACAGCCAAUGUGUCUCAGUGGAAUGUGCGUUCCUUCUCAGCUCGGGGUGUAGUCAGCCAAGAUUUGAUAUGCUUUAGCUGCUCAGACAUUCCCUCACCCUGUUAUUAUGUGCUGUGUAGUUUCUGGUAAACAACUCUUACCAGAAACAGGUAUAGAGGUUUCAGUUUCAGUUUUGAUCAAACAGACAGAUAUACAGUUGAAGUCGGAGGUUUACAUACACCUUAGCCAAAUACAUUUAAACUUUUUUUUUUAAAUCCUAGUAAUCCUAGUAAAAAUUCCCUGCUUUAGGUCAGUUAGGAUCACCACUUUAUUUUAAGAAUAUGAAAUAUCAGAAUAAUAGUAGAGAGAAUGAUUUAUUUCAGCUUUUAUUUAUUUCAUCACAUUCCCAGUGGGUCAGAAGUUUACAUACACUCAAUUAGUAUUUGGUAGCAUUCCCUUUAAAUUGUUUAACUUCGAUAAAACGUUUCGGGUAGCCUUCCACAAGCUUCCCACAAUAAGUUGGGUGAAUUUUGGCCCAUUCCUCCUGACUGAGCUGGUGUAACUGAGUCAGGUUUGUAGGCCUCCUUGCUCGCACACGCUUUUUCAGUUCUGCCCACAAAUGUUCUAUAGUAUUGAGUUCAGGGCUUUGUGAUGGCCACUCCAAUACCUUGACUUUGUUGUCCUUAAGCCAUUUUGCCACAACUUUGGAAGUAUGCUUGAGGUCAUUGUCCAUUUGGAAGACCCAUUUGGGACCAAGCUUUAACUUCCUGACUGAUGUCUUGAGAUGUUGCUUCAAUAUAUCCACAUAUUUUUCCUUCAACAUGAUGCCAUCUAUUUUGUGAAGUGCACCAGUCCCUCCUGCAGCAAAGCAACCCCACAGCAUGAUGCUGCCACCCCCGUGCGUCACGGUUGGGAUGGUGUUCUUCGGCUUGCAAGCUCCCCCUUUUUCCUCCAAACAUAAUGAUGGUCAUUAUGGCCAAACAGUUCUAUUUUUGUUUCAUCAGACCAGAGGACAGUUCUCCAAAAAGUAUGAUCUUUGUCCCCAUGUGCAGUUGCAAACUGUAGUCUGGCUUUUUUAUGGCGGUUUUGGAGCAGUGGGUUCUUGCUUGCUGAGCUGCCUUUCAGGUUAUGCCGAUAUAGGACUCGUUUUACUGUGGAUAUAGAUACUUUUGUGCCUGUUUCCUCCAGCAUCUUCACAAGGUCCUUUGCUGUUGUUCUGGGAAUGAUUUGCACUUUUUGCACCAAAGUACAUUCAUCUCUAGGAGACAGAACGCGUCUCCUUCCUGAGUGGUAUGACGGCUGCGUGGUCCCAUCGUGUUUAUACUUGCGUAGUAUUGUUUGUACAGAUGAACGUGGUACCUUCAGGGGUUUGGAAAUUGCUCCCAAGGAUGAACCAGACUUGUGGAGGUCUACCAUUUUUUUUCUGAGGUCUUGGCUGAUUUCUUUUGAUUUUCCCAUGAUGUCAAGCAAAGAGGCACUGAGUUUGAAGGUAGGCCUUGAAAUACAUCCACAGGUACACCUCCAAUUGACUCAAAUUAUGUCUAUUAGCCUAUCAGAAGCUUCUAAAGCCAUGACAUCAUUUUAUGGAAUUUUCCAAGCUGUUUAAAGUCACAGUCAACUUAGUGUAUGUAAACUUCUGACCCACUGGAAUUGUGAUACAGUGAAUUAUAAGUGAAAUAAUCUGUCUGUAAACAAUUGUUGGAAAAAUUACUUGUGUCAUGCACAAAGUAGAUGUCCUAACCGACUUGCCAAAAUUUGUGGAGUGGUUGAAAAACGAGUUUCAAUGACUCCAACCUAAGUGGGGGAAAAAAGUAUUUAGUCAGCCACCAAUUGUGCAAGUUCUCCCACUUAAAAAGAUGAGAGAGGCCUGUAAUUUUCAUCAUAUGUACACGUCAACUAUGACAGACAAAAUGAGAAAAAAAAUCCAGAAUAUCACAUUGUAGGAUUUUUAAUGAAUUUAUUUGCAAGUUAUGGUGGAAAAUAAGUAUUUGGUCAAUAACAAAAGUUUCUCAAUACUUUGUUAUAUACCCUUUGUUGGCAAUGACACAGGUCAAACGUUUUCUGUAAGUCUUCACAAGGUUUUCACACACUGUUGCUGGUAUUUUGGCCCAUUCCUCCAUGCAGAUCUCCUCUAGAGCAGUGAUGUUUUGGGGCUGUCGCUGGGAAACACGGACUUUCAACUCCCUCCAAAGAUUUAAAUUAACCUUAAUAUAUUGUGAAGGAGCUCCACUAUGCAGAAUGUUAUUUUUUCUAUUAGUCAGGACUCAGAUUAUUCUGGACAGCAUUCCAAAAUCCAACCAAUAUUUUCUGAAGCAAUCUAAGAAGUAAAACAGGUUAUGUGCAAGGCAAGAUACAGAUAAGCAACUAUGACAUCUGUUCUUGACAAGAAUGCAUUGCGAUCAAAUCAGUCUUUUCAAUGCCAGUAAUCUAUAGUAUGAAAUGUUAUUUGAAAUUAUUUUCACUUCAUUUUCACUCUCAAACCAGCAACGCUCAUGUCCAUACUUUGUUCUAUUCAACAGCUUGCAAAGGGGAAGAAACGCCUCAAGCGUAAAAUGCUUGAAUUGUUGGCACAAAUAAAGGUAAGGUGAAUUAAAAACAUAGUAGGUCUACUGCUUAGACAAAGUAGACCACAUCAGUAUAACAAUGAUGUGGAGUAGACAGCAGCAGUAUCACAAUGAUGUGGAGUAGACAGCAGCAGAAUCCUUUCACCAGACAGUUCGUUGUUCCUCUUUCCUUAGGGAACUGUCAAAGAGAAAGAAGAUUUCACCUUGGAUGAGUCUAAAUUAAUCAUGAGAGAACUUGCUGCUGAACUAAGCAAGGUAGUUCAGGUAAGUCAAUCUGUAUAGUGAAAAUAAAGUAUGUGAUCAUAUCUUAUCUUACAUCUUCAUGAGUCAUAAUAAGUUGUCCUGUACCAUUCCUCACAGAUCAGCAACACCUCCUUUCUAACCAGAGUGAGUGAGGAUGGAUCUUGUCAAGAGGAGCGUCAAGACUUUAUACUGCAGUGGGCUGAGGAACUGAAACACUCAUCACAGACACGACAGGUAAAUAAUACAUACACCAUGGGACAGUUACCACAGACACAUAUUAAGCUUAGUCCUAGACUAAAAAUAAUUUGGGAUGGAGAUCCAGGACUAAGCUUAUUCUGUGUCCAGGAAACCGCCCUCAUAUUUUAGAGGUUCACUUGGCGCUAGUCAAACACUACAAGCAGUAUAAAUACAUGUCAUAUACACUUAGUGUUAACAGCCAGUUGCUGUGGAUGAAGUAACAUACAGUGUUGACAGCCAGUUGCUGUAGAUGAAGUAACAUACAGUGUUGACAGCCAGUUGUUGUGGAUGAAGUAACAUACAGUGUUGACAGCCAGUUGCUGUGGAUGAAGUAACAUACCGUGUUGACAGCCAGUUGCUGUGGAUGAAGUAACAUACAGUGUUGACAGCCAGUUGCUGUGGAUGAAGUAACAUACAGUGUCGAUAACCAGUUGCUGUAGAUGAAGUAAUAUACAGUGUUGACAACCAGUUGCUGUAGAUGAAGUAAUAUACAGUGUUGACAACCAGUUGCUGUGGAUGAAGUAACAUACAGUGUUGACAACCAGUUGCUGUGGAUGAAGUAACAUACAUUGUUGACAGCCAGUUGCUGUGGAUGAAGUAACAUACAGUGUUGACAGCCAGUUGCUGUGGAUGAAGUAACAUACAGUGUCGACAACCAGUUGGUCUGGAUGAAGUAACAUACAGUGUUGACAGUCAGUUGCUCUGGAUGAAGUAACAUACAGUGUUGACAACCAGUUGCUGUGGAUGAAGUAACAUACAGUGUUGACAACCAGUUGCUGUGGAUGAAGUAACAUACAGUGUUGACAACCAGUUGCUCUGGAUGAAGUAACACACAGUUUUGACAGCCAGUUGCUCUGGAUGAAGUAACAUACAGUGUUGACAACCAGUUGCUGUGGAUGAAGUAACAUACAGUGUUGACAACCAGUUGGUCUGGAUGAAGUAACAUACAGUGUUGACAGUCAGUUGCUCUGGAUGAAGUAACAUACAGUGUUGACAACCAGUUGCUGUGGAUGAAGUAACAUACAGUGUUGACAACCAGUUGCUGUGGAUGAAGUAACAUACAGUGUUGACAACCAGUUGCUCUGGAUGAAGUAACACACAGUGUUGACAGCCAGUUGCUCUGGAUGAAGUAACAUACAGUGUUGACAACCAGUUGCUCUGGAUGAAGUAACAUACAGUGUUGACAACCAGUUGGUCUGGAUGAAGUAACAUACAGUGUUGACAGUCAGUUGCUCUGGAUGAAGUAACAUACAGUGUUGACAGUCAGUUGCUCUGGAUGAAGUAACAUACAUUGUUGACAGCCAGUUGCUGUGGAUGAAGUAACAUACAGUGUUGACAGCCAGUUGCUGUGGAUGAAGUAACAUACAGUGUCGACAACCAGUUGGUCUGGAUGAAGUAACAUACAGUGUUGACAGUCAGUUGCUCUGGAUGAAGUAACAUACAGUGUUGACAACCAGUUGCUGUGGAUGAAGUAACAUACAGUGUUGACAACCAGUUGCUGUGGAUGAAGUAACAUACAGUGUUGACAACCAGUUGCUCUGGAUGAAGUAACACACAGUUUUGACAGCCAGUUGCUCUGGAUGAAGUAACAUACAGUGUUGACAACCAGUUGCUGUGGAUGAAGUAACAUACAGUGUUGACAACCAGUUGGUCUGGAUGAAGUAACAUACAGUGUUGACAGUCAGUUGCUCUGGAUGAAGUAACAUACAGUGUUGACAACCAGUUGCUGUGGAUGAAGUAACAUACAGUGUUGACAACCAGUUGCUGUGGAUGAAGUAACAUACAGUGUUGACAACCAGUUGCUCUGGAUGAAGUAACACACAGUGUUGACAGCCAGUUGCUCUGGAUGAAGUAACAUACAGUGUUGACAACCAGUUGCUCUGGAUGAAGUAACAUACAGUGUUGACAACCAGUUGGUCUGGAUGAAGUAACAUACAGUGUUGACAGUCAGUUGCUCUGGAUGAAGUAACAUACAGUGUUGACAGUCAGUUGCUCUGGAUGAAGUAACAUACAGUGUUGACAACCAGUUGCUGUAGAUGAAGUAAUAUACAGUGUUGACAACCAGUUGCUGUGGAUGAAGUAACACACAGUGUUGACAGCCAGUUGCUCUGGAUGAAGUAACAUACAGUGUUGCAUACAGUGUUGACAACCAGUUGCUGUGGAUGAAGUAACAUACAGUGUUGACAGCCAGUUGCUGUGGAUGAAGUAACAUACAGUGUCGACAACCAGUUGGUCUGGAUGAAGUAACAUACAGUGUUGACAACCAGUUGCUGUGGAUGAAGUAACAUACAGUGUUGACAACCAGUUGCUCUGGAUGAAGUAACACACAGUGUUGACAGCCAGUUGCUCUGGAUGAAGUAACAUACAGUGUUGACAACCAGUUGCUGUGGAUGAAGUAACAUACAGUGUUGACAACCAGUUGCUCUGGAUGAAGUAACACACAGUGUUGACAGCCAGUUGCUCUGGAUGAAGUAACAUACAGUGUUGACAACCAGUUGCUCUGGAUGAAGUAACACACAGUGUUGACAGCCAGUUGCUCUGGAUGAAGUAACAUGCAGUGAGCUCCAAAAGUUUUGGGACAGUGACACAUUUGUUGUUGUUUUGGCUCUGUACUCCAGCACUUUGGAUUUGAAAUGAUACAAUGACUACCAUGAUUACAUAUAGUCCUGAAUGAAUAGUGAAUAGUGAUAAGUGAGAAAGUUACAGAUCCACAAAUAUCAUACUCCCAAGACAUGCUAACCUCUCACCAUUACAAUAACAUUGUUAAUAAGGUUAGCAUUAUUGGGGGGGUAUAUGAUAUUUGUGUGUCUGUAACUUUCUCACUCAUCAUUAUUCACGAUUCAUUCAGGACUAUCCGUAAUCAUGGUAGCAUCCACAUUAAUGUAGAAGUGUUUAAAAACAUAUUAUAGUCUUAUUUACAAUAAAAGUGACUCCAAAAUGAAACAAUACAUUAUUUACCAUUCCUUUCUAUUGGGACAAAAUAAUCUGAAACACAACCAAAACAGCAAAUGCAUCCAACAAGUUUGUAGAGUCACAAGCUUGAUGUAAUCAUUGAGUGCUAGGAAUAUGGGACUUUUGACUACAUUAAUACACGUAAGUGAAUUUGUCCAUAUACUUUUGAUCCCCUAAAAUGGGGGGACUAUGUACAAAAAUAUCUAAACGGUUCACCCGUUAUGGAUGAAAAAUACCCUCAAAUUAAAGCUGACAGUCUGCACUUUAACCUCAAAGUGCUGGAGUACAGAGCCAAAACAACAACAAAAUUGUGACUGUCCCAAUACUUUUGGAGCUCACGGAGAGGAUUGUAAUAAACCACCUGUCUUGCUGUUUACUAGACACCAGCAGGGGAACCCACAAGAGACAGGAGGAGUGACGACCCUCUGGAUCAACAGAAACCAGACAAGGAACAGAAACUGAGGGAAGCCAGGAAAGCCCUGUCUGAGUGGGCCUGGACACUCAAGGAUAUGGAACAGGUGAGAGGAAGACCAUAAAACUAAAAGAGAACCCCAAAAAGUAAUCUGUAACAUUACAAUGAUACAUAAUACAAGGAGACCAUCCUACAAUAUCAUCAUAUGUCUCUGUGUCUCCGCAGGACUCAGUGUGUCCGGAUGAGGAUGUGUGUUCAGUACUGCAGGAUCUGGAGAGACAGUGGAAGAGGGGGAAGCUUCCCAACAUGCUCCCUGUCAUGGACUUCCUCAUCUGGAGCAUGCUACAGGAACAGCAGGAGGUCAGCCAUAAACAAAGACCUAUUGAAUGUCUCUUUAAGUGACAUUUAAAUAAGGCUGAACUGUAAUAUAACAUAGCUGUUGUUUUCACAGGGUUCCAUUGUAAAGCAGUGGCUCAGAAAUAGACAAAGGUUCAGAAGCAGAGGUGAGUGUCUGCUUCCACUGGGUGUGGUUAUUAAAGAAGUCAAACAAAUAAAUAAAGAGAGUCGCACACUCUAUAUAUAUUGGGUAAAACACCAACGUUUCGGCAUCACUGUACCUUCUUCAGGGUGUUCAACCCAAUAAAUUACUGGGAGUUUAUAUAUAGAGUGUACGACUCUCUUUAUUUGUUUUUAUAGCUUACAGUUUAUUCGCCGUUAGUCAGCACCUCCACACAAAAUAAUGUUCUCUGGGUGUGCUCCAGCUCAUGCUUUUUAUUAGGUUAUUAAAGAAGUCAACACAGAUUGUAUUAAUCAGUUUAUUUAUCUAAUAUGUUUUGGUUUUCUUCAUAUUCUUCCCUUAGUGACUCUGAAUCGCAUUCCUGACUUAAGUACGUCAAAUCCCACAGUUUACGUCUGCUUCAAAAUAAUGUUUUACGUAUGUUUUGUAGCUCUUCAUUGCUAACGUGAUCCUAAAUGUUGUGUCUGUUUCAUUACAGUUUGGAAAUGGAUUUCGAAAGCAUCAGGUUGGUAUGGUUCAUUGCCAAUGCAAAUAUUAUUCAAAUGAGAUAACACAGAGAGACUAGUUUCAGUGUUCUGGUAUUAAUAACAACUUCAUUACUUCAAUCUCUUUGUAGCUGAGAUCACUCUGGAUGAACAAACAGCCAACCCAAGUCUCGUACUGUCCCCUGACAGGAAAAGAGUGAAAAUGGCCACCAUCAUUGAGAGUGUCUUCGAUCCCUGGUGUGGAUACAGCCCUAGUUCCCACAAGUAUGAUGGCUGGUGGUGUGUGCAGGCAAAAGAGGGCUUUACAUCUGGGAGACAUUACUGGCAGGUGGGAGUCAGGGGCAAGGCAGAGUGGAGGAUAGGGGUGGUUAGAGAGUCAGCACCAAGGAAUGGCUUUGCAACUCUGAACACAAAAGCCGGUUACUGGACCUUGCGUCUGCAGCUUGGGGAGCUCAUGGCUGUAACUGUACCAGUCAUUAAACUGAACCAGUAUCCACCCUCUAGGUUAGGGGUGUUGCUAGACAUAGAGGGGGGGCAGAUAUCCUUCUAUGAUGCAGAGGAAAGACGCCACAUUUACACUUUUAAUACCAAUUUUGAUAACUCUGGAAAGAUUUACCCUGUGUUUGGAACCAUUGAGACAGACAGAGAGCUGGUUAUUCUGUAGGCAAAAUAACUUGAUGCAUGCUGUCGGGCUUGAUUGCAGUGCAUGUAAUUAGCUUAGUAACUACCUUAUGGACAUCUCAAUGUAUAGUUGCUGACUGUCUCAACUCACAAUUCCUUGAGAUCACAAAAGGUGUCCCUCAAGAGUCCAUUUUAGGGCCUGUAUUAUUCACACGGUAUAUAAACAAUAUUGGUUCCUUAGUAAAAAACUAAGGUACACCUUUAUGCUGAUUAUACUGUGCUGUAUGUCUGAUCUGCAGAUGGCUUUUAAUGUCAUUUAAAAAAGCACUUGUUGACCUUAAAUUGCCACUGAAUGCAGAUAAAACAAAGUCAUGCUAUUUUCUAGAGCCCAUAACAUUGACUCAACAGACUUAAAGAGCGGCACGUUGAAUGGAGCGACAUUGAGCGAGCCCACUCAUUUAAAUACCUUGGAUCAUUUAAAACAAUCGUUCAGUCAAGGAAUCGUACAGACAACUUUCCUGUCAGUCCUUGACUAUGGCGACAUUAUCUAUAUGAAUGUUGCUGCCACUUCUUUAAAACUUUGAUGCUUCUACAAGUAAUGUGCUUUAUUUUAACGGUUUUAUUUUAUGAUAUGUAAUAAUAAUAAUAAUAUGCCA